CAUCUCCUAACCUUUGAAGCUAGAUGCUUGACAGGGCCAGCGAAGACAAGCUUGCUGUUGCGAUUGCAUCGUGCGUCCAAGUUGACACGCUGAAGCAAGUGCACUUGCGUAUCUGCCAGGAGUUCCCUCGGACCCCUUACCUGUUGAACUUGGUCGUGCAAAUGUACGCUAAGCUGGGCGAUCUGGAGUCCGCGUACCAGACUUUUACAUGUAUCAAAGAGCCCAACCUUUACUCCUGGAGCCUCAUGUUAGCCGCAUACACUCAGCACGGACAGAUGCAGCAAGCAAGGCACCUGUUCGACAAAAUGCCCGAGAGAAAUGUCGUCGUGUGGACAUCCAUGAUAACAGGAUACUCUCAAGCCGGGAAUGUUGAGGAGGCCCGGUGCAUUUUCGACGUGAUGCCUGAGAGGAAUAUCGUGUCUUGGAGUGCCAUGCUGCAGGGAUACGCCCAAAAUGGGCACGUUGACGAAGCUAAAGACGUGUUUGACAGAAUGCCUAGGGUGAACGUCGUGUCUUGGACUGCCAUGGUUCAGACUUAUGCUGAGAACGGGCAUCUUGUAAAGGCCAAGGUAAUGUUUGACCAAAUGCCCGAGCGAAAUCUCAUAACCUGGACUGUGAUGCUUUUGGCAUAUGCCAAUGGUGGGCUUGUGCAUGAGGCAAGGGUGACGCUGGAGAGGAUGCCCGAGUUCUCGUUUCUCUCUUGGAACAUCAUGCUUUCGGCGUAUGCACAGCAAGGUGAUCACAACAAUGCAACGCGUACGUUUGAUGCUAUGCGAGAGAGGACUGUGACCAGCUGGAACGCUCUCAUUUUCUCGUGUGCUCAGAAUGAGUCCAUCAAGCAGGCCGAACACCUCUUCGAAACGAUGCCCGAGAGAAGCCUGGUGUCUUGGACCUCAAUGAUUUCGGCAUACGUAAGUGUUGGUUGCUUGGAGGGAUCGAAGUGCGUCUUUGACCGUAUGCCGGAGCGGGAUAUAGUCGCUUACAACACCAUCCUGCAGGCGUAUGUCCAGUCGGGGCAUUUGGACUAUGCAGAGACAUUGUGUGAGAAAAUGGCGAGGCACGACGUUGUAACGUGGACAACUAUGAUGGUAGGCUACGUCAAAGACAUGAACCUGUGUGCGUGCAAGGCUAUGUUCUACCUCCUGCCAGACCGCAACUGCAUGUCGUGGAACGCUGUUCUUGCAGCCAUUGCCCAGAACGGGCAUCUGGUAGCUGCGAGGCAAAUGUUUCAAGAGAUGCCAGAGCGUAACAUUGCCUCCUGGAACACUAUGAUCGCCGCCUCCUCGCAUGCUGGACAACCCGCCGCAGCAGUAAUGCUCUUCCACUUUCUCCAAGCGGAAGGCCUUGCUCCUUCGGACAUAUCAUUCACGAGCCUCUUGCAUGCCACAAGCCACGGGGGUGACUUGUCCGAAGGCUUGCUAUACUUCAGGUCGAUGGUUGCUGAUUAUGGUCAAUCGCCUCUGAGAGAUCACUUUUGUAACGUGGUCGACAUCCUUGGACGAGCCGGCUACACUCAAGAAGCCGAGGAACUUGUUAACUGCAUGCCAUUCCUUCCGAAAGAGGUGGAAUGGGGAGCCUUGCUGGGUGCCUGUAGGAUCCACAUUGAUGUCACCCCUGCCGCUCGAGCAGCCGAGCAUAUUCUCGAGCUGGAUCCAGACCACGGCUCCGCGCGUCUCUUGCUGGAAAGCAUCUACGCCGGUCUGCGAGAUUAAUGUACUCUACGUACCUACUGUACUGCACACUGUGCCCUGAAUGGAAGGUGGCUCAUGCCAGAUGCAUGGUGUUUGUGCGUCUCUUUCUUGUGCCAACGCAGGGCUUGCUCGAGUGUGCCUUUGUGUAUAUAAAGCUCACAUUUGAUCGCCAUAAACAUCCGCCCGUCUCGCUUUCUCUCCUGUGUCAUCUUUUACCACCCAUGGAGGCGCCUCUCAAGUUUCUUAGCUUCGCUGCCAUCGUAGCCUUUCUGGUGGCAACAACGGCACCAAGCGUCGUGGAUGGUGCGACGUGCACCUUCGAGUCCACAUUGCCCGACCUUGCCGACUGCCGCCCCUACGUAUCGACUGGGAGCACCCAGACCGAUCCCACCGCCGCCUGCUGCUCCGAGCUCCGCAAUGUCGGCCACUCCUGCCUCUGCGAUCUUCUCAGAGACACCAAGGUUCCCUCGGACAUUGAUAUCAACAGGGCCGUUGCACUGCCUGGCAAAUGCAGCCUUCCCGGCGCCGAUUCCUGCAGCUAAGCAUGGACGCUGACGACACGAGGGUGCCAUGCGUCCCUUUUGUUUCAGAAAAUAAGUCACAGUAGUUUUGCGUUCUCACAAUAAUUGUCUGGUGACCGUUGACACCGUAUGUUUUUUUCCUUUAACUGAGGCGCUGAUUAUCAAGUUUUU